CGCGGUCGUUGCGCUAACAAUAUGACGGAGCUGCCAGUGUCUAUAGAAUGGCCCGCUCCGAUCUCCAAAGUAAACAUUAAUCUCCGUAUAUUUAACAAAUAAGAUAAAAGUUCAUGUAUAUAUGACCGCCAUAUUCAACAAAAUGAGAAAAAUCAAUUAAUGACUGUGAAAGAAACAGUUCCCCUUCGUAACAUCUGGUUGAGGCCGAGGCGAAUGUGUAUUCGUUGCUUAGCCGGACGUGUGCAGGUUUGCACUUUGAUAAUUGAGGAUGAGGGGACUAGUGAACUGGAUACUGUGUUGUUUAGUGGUACUUGUGACUGGGAACGAUGACGCUAAGCGACUGUACUACGAUCUGCUGAAGCGGUCCUACAAUAAACUGAUCCGACCCGUCAGUAACAGCUCCGACAAACUGAUCGUCAAGAUGGGCAUCCGACUGUCCCAGCUCAUAGACAUCGACGAGAAGAACCAAAUAAUGACCACAAACGUUUGGCUCAGACAGGAGUGGUACGAUCAGGGUUUAGUCUGGAAUCCCGUGGAAUACAACGGCAUUAAGACGAUAGAGGUUCCUAUUGGCGACAUCUGGAACCCGGAUGUUGUGCUUUUUAACAACGCUGACGGUAAUUACGAGGUGACGCUGAUGACGAAGGCUAUCCUUCACCCUGACGGUAAGGUGGUGUGGGAGCCACCCGCCAUUUACAAGAGUUCCUGUAUGAUCGACGUGGAGUUUUUCCCCUUUGAUAUCCAGCAGUGCAUCAUGAAGUUCGGAUCGUGGACAUACGACGGGAAUCAGGUAGACCUGGUCCAUCUGUGCGUGUCCGAGAGCACGUCCACGGAAGUCAUCCGUAAGGGCAUCGACUUCCGGGACUUCUACCCCAGUGUAGAGUGGGACAUCCUAGAGGGGUCCGCCCAGAAACACUACAAACGUUACAUCUGCUGUCCGUCGCCAUUUCCGGACAUCACUUUCAAUAUCACAAUGAGAAGGAAGACGUUGUUUCACACGGUCAACUUGAUCAUUCCCUGUGUCUCCAUAUCAUUCCUGACGGUUCUUGUCUUUUAUCUCCCCAGUGACAGCGGCGAGAAAAUUACUCUGUGCAUUUCAAUUUUGCUGUCGUUAACUGUGUUUUUCCUUCUUCUGGCCGACAUAAUUCCGCCGACAUCGAUUGUUGUGCCUCUGAUCGGCAAGUACUUACUGUUCACGAUGAUACUCGUGACUCUCUCUAUUCUUGUGACUGUGAUAGUGCUAAACGUUCACUUCCGGUCGCCGUCAACCCACACGAUGGCGCCAUGGGUCAGAAGAGUGUUUUUAAAUGUUUUGCCGCGCUUAUUAGUAAUGCGGCGACCAAACUUAGAGAAUGAGCACAGUACCGGUAGAGUGAUCAGAACUUGUAAUGGCGUGGAGAUGACGCAAUCAUACAAAGAUAUGAUUCGUCGAAGAGUAGAACAGAGGAAAUUCGAGAAUAGCAAUAUUUUUCAUGACCCUGUAGAAGAAGAACUAAUUAGUGCAACUAAAGAAACGGAACUGAGCGUGCGUCGACGUCAUAAACCAGUUCCCCGGGAGAUCAAAGACGCAGUGGAUAGUGUUUGCUUUAUUGCUGAGCAUCUGAAAAAAGAUGACAAAGAAAAUUCGAUAAAAGAGGACUGGAAAUACGUUGCCAUGGUGCUGGACCGACUCUUUCUGUGGAUAUUUACGAUAGCGUGUGUAGUUGGGACUUUUGGGAUUAUCCUCCAGGCCCCCACCCUGUAUGACGACAGGCAGACCCUGACCCCCCAGGCGCCUGAUGACAGCUGUAUCAAACCCGAGUUUUGAUGUUCGCUUUCAUGUGUGCUGAAACAAGUUAAUAUUAACACAUAUAUAUAAAGCAAGGACAUGAAAAUCUAAACAUUUACAACGACAAACUUUGAUAUAGAUUUUUUAUACUUUAUAUCAGAUUUGUAAGAAUGGCUACGGUUGAAGUGUAUCCUAGAUUUAGAUUUUAUUCAAUUUCUACUGGAACUUUGCAUAGUUCGACAAAAUUUCAAGGCUUUUUAAAACA